CAAGAAUAAUUGAAAUAUUAAAUUAAGAUUCCAUCCAUGAAUAACUUUAGCUAAUAGUUUAAGUAAUUUUUCCUAAGUUCAAAUUGUAGAUCAAUAAUGUAACAGAAUUAAUGAAACUUUGGAGGUAAUUUUCAAAUAUAGCAUAAGAAUGUAUGAUAUUCUUCUUAUUUAAGUAUUUUUUUGUUAAAAAGAUUAGACACUAAUUAAUAGAGUUGUAUUUGCAUGAAAAUAAACAUAUAGAAUCCAUAAUUAUAAAUUUAAUAAUGAAGGCAAGCAGUCAAGCUUGUUCCCGUCCUUGUCUUCAUCAAUAUUUUGUUCCUCUAACUUUCCCGAUCGAUUUCAUCGAUGAAGUCUCCCCCAAUUUCAGCUUCGAUUUCUUCUUCUCCGAUUCUACCGCAGCUGUUAAACCCUGAAUCUAACAUUGUCACCGUUAAUGUUGGUGGCCACCUCUUUCAAACCACCAAGCAAACCCUAGCCAUAGCCGGUUCCAGUUCUCUGUUAUCAACCAUCUCCGAUUCAUCGCAAUCCCUCGUACCCUUUAUCGAUCGAGAUCCCGAUCUCUUUUCCCUCAUUCUUUCGCUUCUUAGAACCGGUUAUCUUCCUUCCAAAGCCAAAGCCUUUGAUCUCCAAGACCUUAUUUCAGAGUCCCAGUUCUAUGGAGUUGAAUCCCUUUUAAUCAAUUCUCUUUCUAAUCCUUCUCAAUUCGAAGCUUUUAAUCUCGAGAAAUCUCUGAUUCUCCCUCUCAAUGGUCGAGAUUCUCCGUCGACAAUCGCGUCAACGCCGUUUGGAUCACUCCAUGUCGCUCACGGCGGCAAGAUCACCUCUUUUGAUUGGUCGCUUCAGAGAAAGACGACGAUUCUAACGCAAUUCUCCGUCAUUGAUUCUCUUUUAGCGUUGUCGCCAUCACUGGCCGCUGCCGGCGCUACCGACUUCUCUGGUUUGCAAAUCCUCAAUCUUCAAACAGGCCAAGUGAAAUCAAUUCUUAAUUGGGAGAAUGUGACUCGGUCCAGUUCUACCGUGCAAGCCAUCGGAGCUUCUUCUGAGCUUCUCUUCACCAGCUUCGAAUCAGGCAGAAGAAACUCAAAUUCCAUAAUGAUAUACGAUUUACAAACCUUCAAUCCAGUUACUGAAAUCGCUCACAACGAGAUCUACGGUGCGGAGAUUGAUUCAGCAAUCCCAGCCACAAUGUUGAAAUGGGUUGCAGGUUAUAAUCUGUUAAUGGCUUCUGGGUCUCACAGUGGACCUUCUGGAGUACAGGGUAACAUUAAAUUCUGGGACAUUAGGAGUGGGAACAUAGCUUGGGAGGUGAAGGAGAAGGUGGAUUGUUUCUCAGACAUGACUGUAUGUGAGAAUCUAUCUGCCAUUUUCAAGAUUGGUGUGAGCUCUGGUGAAGUUUAUAGUGCAGAUUUGAGAAAACUUGGAGAUGAGAAUCCAUGGAUUUGUCUUGGGGAUAGGAUGAAGGUGAUGAAUGGGAAGAAAGUUGGGGUUGGAGGGAAGAUUGAGAGUUACGGAAAUCAAGUGUUUUGCAGCAGAGAAGGAGGGAGUAUAGAGUUAUGGUCUGAAGUAACAGUUGGGAAUGGAGGAAAUAAGGAAGGAGGAUUAGGGUUAGAGGAGAGAGUUUUUAGGAAGAAUUUGAUGGGGAGAAUGAAGGAUUUGGGAGGUGGGAAAGUAAUGAAAUUAGGAUUUGGUGGGAAUAAGAUGUUUGUGAUAAGAAAAGAUGAACAAUGUGUGGAGGUUUGGAAGAGUUCAGGUAAGGGAUUUUGGGAUGCUUUGUAAAUGAUAAUGAUUUGAUCGUAUAAUUUAUCAAAAAUCCAAAAUGGGUUUGUAGUAAUGUAGAUUAGUUGUUGUAACGAUUGAGAAAUUCAUUUUGUAGUAUUGAUGAACUUAUAAAAGCAUUUUGAUAUCAUUGUAACUUGUGUUGGAGUGUUGAUGA